AUGAUGGAGUUAAGCAAGUCAAUCCGGGAAUUAAAGAUUAUUCUUUACGGGAAUGGCGAAUCCGAGCCUCUCGCUGAGGCCUGUGCUCAGUUGACUCAAGAAUUCUUCAGAGAGAACACACUCCGGCUGAUAAUUACUUGUCUUCCCAAUUUGAAUUUAGAGACCCGCAAAGAUGCUACUCAAGUAGUAGCAAAUCUGCAGAGGCAGCAGGUUCAGUCCCGGCUAAUUGCUUGUGAUUACUUGGAAGCAAACAUUGAUUUGAUGGACAUAUUAAUAUUAGGUUAUGAGAAUACAGAUAUGGCUUUACAUUAUGGUGCAAUGCUGCGGGAGUGCAUUCGCCACCAGAGUGUUGCAAAAUAUGUCUUGGAGUCUGAGCAUAUGAAGAAGUUUUUCGAUUAUAUUCAGCUGCCAAAUUUUGACAUUGCUGCUGAUGCUGCUGCCACUUUUAAGGAACUCUUGACAAGGCACAAAUCAACAGUAGCUGAAUUUCUUUCGAAGAAUUAUGACUGGUUUUUCACAGAGUAUAACUCAAAGCUGCUUGAGUCUAGUAACUACAUCACUAGAAGACAAGCUGUCAAGCUCUUGGCAGAUAUGCUGUUGGACCGCUCAAAUUCUGCUGUAAUGACACGUUAUGUUAGCUCAAGAGACAACUUGAGGAUUCUUAUGAAUCUACUCAGGGAGUCAAGCAAAAGUAUCCAAAUAGAAGCGUUUCAUGUCUUCAAGCUAUUUGCCGCAAAUCACAAUAAGCCUCCUGAUAUUGUUAGCAUCCUUAUUGCUAACAGAAGCAAACUACUUCGUCUCUUUGCCGAUUUUAAGACUGACAAAGAGGACGAGCAGUUUGAGGCUGACAAAGCGCAAGUUGUCAAAGAAAUCGCAGCCCUUGCACCCAAGGAAAUCAAAUAAAUGGCAGCCCUUGGAUCCAAGGAAUGCUGUUGAACUCGGCACUAGUUAUUUUUCUGAGUUGUUGAGUUUGUGUUGUAUCUUUAAUACCAAAAAAUGGUGUUUCUCUACUGAGAAAGUAUUUAUUGGACUAUUAGUUCUUAGUUUUCAAGAACACAAAUUUCAUUGAAUCUUCACCUGCUUUUAUCAGCGCCAUUUCUUCUCAUUCA